AUGAAGUCGCUUUGUGAUCUGCCAAAUGAAAUAUUGUUACAAGUCUUCUCAUGCGUAGAUCUGCAUCGCGAGGCACGUAUUCUGGGCUACAUACCUGAUGAGCCCUUGCCUUCUUGCCCAGAUUAUCAAGUGCUUAAAGAUUUUCGCCUCCACAACUCCUGGCUGCUAAACAUCGCUUUGACAUGCAAACGAUUUGCAGCUUUAAUUCCAGAGGCAGUAUUACAUGUGAUCGUACUGGAAGCCGUUGCACCAUUUGUGCAGCCUGAGCGCCCUCAACUUUGUUGGUCAGCUCCAUUCGCUCUCCUUCUUCAAUUGAAGGCGAAGCCGGAUCUCAUUCGGCACAUCAAACAACUUCGUAUCCAUCUUCCAUAUACCGAUGAGCACGACAGGUAUCGUUGCGACAAUAAGGGAAUGGCCCCAAUGCUAGCUUCACUGUGUAUACCCUCUGCUUGGAAGAUCAAGCUUUUCCACGACAUGACAACUAGCUUUGGACGAGGAUCAUUUAAUGUCCUAUUGGCAUUAGUAGUGUUGGAUGUAUUGUGCGUCUCCGAACCAACCGACGAACCAAAACUCGAAUGGGCAGAACAGCUCUCAGUCUCGCCCUUCACUCCCCCAAUUAUCCGCUCGCUGAGAUACCUUAAGAUUGAAAGUGUACUACCUCCCGCCAUUCAACCAGUGGAGGUCUUUCAAAAGCUGAAUACCGUUGAUUUGAGCAUCGCACUUUGCGGCCAGUCACCGUUGGAUAUUGUAUCAGCCUCAGAAAAAUACCUUGCGAAUACCGCGGUGAAAAAAAUAAAGCAUCUGCAUCUUAAUUUCGAAGUCAGAACAAUCGGAAUGUGGAAUAGUGCGAGGCGAACCUGUAUGUCGAAUGUGGUGAAAGGCUUCCAGAAUCUGGAGAGUCUCAUAUACUAUGCCGAAGCGUCGGUAGCGAAGAAUCCUUAUCGUAGUGUUCGCAGUUUCCCCGAUUAUCAAGCGAACAUCCAAAUAUAUCCUGAUGUUUCAUCGUCUCCAGAAUUGGUCGAAGGUUACUGGGACCAAGCGAUCUACGAGGCACGCACAACUGUCACCGACUACCAAUGCCUUGUGGACAACCUCGUGCACCUACGCCCGUCUCUGAAACACUUGCAACUUCCAGGCGGCUUUUGGACGCUACCUGGAGCGGCUCGCAAGCCGAUUCCGCGUUUCGAUCAGUUCACACAGCUUCGAAAAUUGAUUGUGCCUCAAGCAGCCCUUGUCUCCAUUAAACUGGAUAACAUGCGGGUUGACACCGUCUCCCAAGGCGACUUUGAGCUCUCUGCUUCGCUGGUAUUACCAGUGUCACUACAGCAUCUCAUGAUUUUCGAUCUCAAUGAGACGUUCUUGGACAGCAAAUGGCUACAGGGAUUAUUCAGCGAGCAGAAGAGCCACUCCCGGUGGCCGGAGUUCCGAACCUUGGAGCUAUUGAUGGGACCGACGUUCUCCGAUGAAGUGCUGGAAGCGCUUCUGGCAAGGCGAGUCAGUGCGGCGUUCUGGGUGAUGGUUGAUGAGGCCGGGUUCGAUGUCGUUGUUGGGAGGGACGCCUUGGAUCCUUCGUUACUUCCAGACUUAAGGUAGGAAGGAGUAC